UCGAUAAAUUAUCAACGUAGAUCAAGUGGAAGGUUAAAAAAGAGUGCGAAGCAUCAUAUGAUGUUUCGCGCGUAUGUUGUAAACUAUCAUGAAUGAUAUGAUAGAAAAUGAGAAUAAUAUGAACGAAAAUUCAGUUAUUGAAAGACUUUUAUGCAAUUAAAGCUUAAUAUGUAAUAUAUUAAAGAUAUGUAACAUAAUUAUAUAUUUAGAGAAGAAGGGACAAUUAUUGAUUUUGAAAGAAGGGAAAGCGAUACCAGAAUAUUUAAAAGGCAAGUCGAUGAUAAUAAUUGAAGGAGAAAUCGAAUGGGUGGAAAAGAGACGAACAAACGAUAUAGCCAAGGUUCGCGAUAAUUGAAAACAGCUACAGAAUUCGAGGAAAAUUUUGGAAUUUAAAAUUACAAAUUUCGUUAAACAGUACAAACAAUGAUAUACCAUAAAUUUUAUUUAUUUAUUUGUAUCUCUUUGUUUCUUCUAGCGCGCACGCACGCGCGUGUUUACGUAAAAUUUCUAAAAAGUGCGAAUAACGAUCGAAAUUAUUCUAAUUGUUUGUUUUACAUAAACAGAAGUGAUUGCGAGAAGAAUAUUGUAAAAUAAAAAUGAGUUAUAGCAAUCUUCAAAUGUGUUUGCACUUGUCGACAAUUAAAUUAUAAUAACAAUGUAGCAUUAAAUUAAUGUCUUAUCGUGCUAGCAGCGAGAGUGAUUCGUACGUCGCGAAUGGACUCGUAACUAUCAAGGAACAAUCGAAAUAGCAUCAAUUAUGCGUAUAUUGUGCUAAGGCUAACGAAUUGAACUCCGUAAUUGAUCAAAACAAAUUCAUCAUGUAUUUGUUUGGAUUUUAAUCUUCUUCGAUUUUUCAACUUUCUUUCUAUCUUUUGUCAAUAACAUUGGCAAUACAUAUACCGUAUCCACAUUGAAUAAUAUCAUCGAUUUGAUUAAAGGUACCAUGAAGAUGAUCUGGCAACAUUUAUAUGCACUUCUGAUACAAUUGUAUAAUCCGAUCGAUAGUGCAGAGAACCAUUUUCUUAAAAUGAAGAACAUUUCUAUGAUAUCGAACCAAAUUAUAUUUCUAAUGCUGGCUGAUCGCAUCUUUAUAUCAGAACCAAAAAUUACAUGUCUCUACACAUUAAUGUUUUACAAUGUAGUUACUUAUUGUAUUUUCUACAUUAAAGAAUUAAUUGAAAAGGAAGAUUGGUCACCUUAUGUGACUCUCACAGAACGAUCCAAAAUCAAACAUUUAGCUAUGUCUGCUACCAAGAUAGUUUUUGAGUGGACUAAAGCCGUCACGUUUAUUGUAACAUUAACAUUCAUGCUUCUUGUUUUUGGCUUGGAGCAGGAUCUUGAGCAUUACAAACCAUCAAUAAAUUACACGAUAAUAACAUGGAUUUAUUAUUUGGCAACGGAAAAAGUCUUCGUUGAGAUGUUCCCGUCGAUUUUAAAGUUUCUUCGUUUGGAGAUACUUGAAAGCCUCGAAGAAUUAUGCGCUCCAGUAAUAUUAAUAUUAUUUACCAUUAGCGCUUCGACUUUGCUUGUUUUAAUACUUCUGCCAACAGUAUCUUUGAGAUUUUUAUCGAUCGCUAUUUAUACGAACAUUUACUUAAGAUUAAAAGAUCUAUUACGAAUAUAUGGUCCUGCAUUAAAACUUGAAUAUGAAAUACUGAAACGUUAUAGAAGAGCAACGUUGGAAGAAAUUAAACAAUUUGACGAUGUUUGCGCUGUUUGUCUUUGCGACAUGACAAGGGCGAGAAUAACACCUUGUUACCAUCUUUUUCAUGCUGGCUGUUUACGUCAAUGUCUCAAAACCAAUGAUACUUGCCCUAUAUGCAAAAGAGAAUUGUAAUUUGAAUCGGUAUCGGCACAGUGAAAAAGUAACAUGUUACGAUUAUAACU